UAGUGGAGUUGCAGCAGGCAGUGUGGUGCCUGGGGCUGGCCCAGGCUUGUAGAUCAGAGCCUGAGCUGGGCAGGACAAGCCAGCAGCAGUGGCCGUGGCAGCCGGCAGCCCCAGAAGCCCCUGUGAGCCGAAGAAAAGGAGUUUUAUGCCUUUCAGAAGGAAGCUCACUUUGCAAGGCUGAGGAAACAAAGGGAAGAAUUGUGUGUCACUCUAGUCCAGACAUCUCAAACAACAGUUCCCUGCCUCUCUCUCAUUUUGGAUGGCAUGGUACCCCUCUCACUCCUCUUGAGGUCCUGUCGUCCGUCUGCCAGAAGGAGUCUACUCAAGGCAGCUCACAUCACAUCCAGCAUGACUGAAGGACUCCAGCCAGCUAGUGUGGUGGUCCUGCCCAGAUCUCUAGCACCAGCUUUUGAAAGCUUCUGCCAGGGCAACCGGGGUCCUCUGCCCCUACUUGGCCAAAGUGAAGCCGUGAAGACACUUCCUCAGCUGAGCGCUGCUCCAGACGUCAGGACCAUCUGUCCACAGUUUCAGAAAUACGAGUUUGGCACCUGCACAGGCAUCCUGACCUCACUGGAAGAGUACUCAGAGCAGCUAAAGGAAAUGGUGGCCUUCAUCAUAGACUGCAGCUUCUCCAUAGAAGAAGCCUUGGAGCAGGCCGGGAUUCCCAGAAGAGACCCAGCAGGUGCCAGCCACGCAGGAGCAUACAAGACCACAGUGCCCUGUGCCACCAUUGCUGGCCUCUGCUGCCCUCUGGUGGUCACAAUGAGACCCGUUCCCAAGGACAAGCUGGAAAAGCUGUUGCGGGCCACUCACUCCAUGGGAGUUGGACAGCAAGGACAACCCAUCCACAUCGGUGACCCAGAUCUUCUGGGAAUCGAGGCCCUUUCCAAACCUGACUAUGGGAGUUAUGUGGAGUGCCGGCCCGACGAUGUUCCAGUGUUCUGGCCUUCUCAGCUGACCAGUCUGGAAGCAGUCAUCAGCUGUAAGGCUCCACUGGCUUUCACCAGCCCUCCAGGCUGCACAGUGAUGACCCGGAAGGACCCAGUGUCUUACACCAGUAGUCUGACUCCUGAGAUGGUUCCAGAAGUCCUCGCCAUUUCCAAAGACCCUUUGCAUUACAGCAUAGUGUCUGCCCCUGCUGCUCAAAAGGUCAGAGAACUAGAGACCACAAUCGCCAUAGACCCAGGUAACCGUGGAAUCGGACACCUACUACUAAAAGAUGAGUUGCUGAGGGCUGCCCUGUCACUGUCUCAUGCCCGCUCUAUACUAAUCACCACCGGAUUCCCGACGCAUUUCAAUCACGAUCCCCCAGAAGAGACAGAUGGCCCACCGGGAGCCAUCGCCUUAGCCGCCUUCCUACAGGCUCUGGGGAAGGAGACCACCAUGGUGGUAGACCAGAGAGCCGUGAACUUGCAUAUGAAGAUUGUUGGAGAUGCCAUUAAGCAAGGAGUUCUGAAGACACCAAUACCCAUAUUAACUUACCAAGGAAGAUCCGUGGAAGAUGCUCAGGCAUUUUUGUGCAAAGAUGGGGACCCCGUGUCUCCUAGAUUUGACCAUCUGGUGGCCAUAGAGCGUGCGGGAAGGGCUGCCGAUGGCAAUUACUACAACGCGAGGAAGAUGAACAUCAAGCACUUAGUUGACCCCAUCGAUGACAUUUUCCUUGCCGCACAAAAGAUUCCUGGAAUCUCAUCAACCGGCGUCGGCGAUGGGGGCAAUGAGCUUGGCAUGGGCAGAGUAAAGGAGGCCGUGAAGAAGCACAUUAGGAAUGGAGAUGUCAUUGCCUGUGACGUGGAGGCUGACUUUGCUGUCAUUGCCGGUGUUUCUAACUGGGGAGGCUAUGCCCUGGCCUGUGCACUAUAUAUUCUGAACUCCUGUCAAGUCCAUGAGCAUUAUCUGAGGAGGGCCACUGGGCCUUCCAGGAGAGCUGGGGAACAGAGCUGGAUUCAGGCCCUGCCAUCUGUCGCAAAGGAAGAAAAAAUGUUGGGCAUCCUGGUACAGAACCAGGUCCGGAGUGGCGUCUCGGGCAUCGUGGGCAUGGAAGUGGACGGGCUGCCUUUCCAUGGGGUUCACGCUGAGAUGGUUCAGAAGCUGGUGGAUGCCACCACAGUGCACAUGUGACCAGCUGUGACCAGCUGUGGCGUGUGUCUGCACCGUCCCUGCCCGAUCCUGCCUUCAUCCAGGCAGGAGUUCCAGAGACAUUCUCUAUGUGCCCUUCAUCCUGGCUUCUUCAGGCCACCCUGUGCUCUGCUCUGGGAAUCUUUCUGCCUCUCACUUAAGAGAUAAUUCUAGAACAGUUAAAUGUAGAGCAGAACCUAAGGGCAGUGGUGGCGCACACCUUUAAUCCCAGCACUCAGGAGGCAGAGGCAGCUGGAUCUCUGAGUUUGAGGCCAGCCGGGUCUACAGAGGGUUUCAGGGCAGCCAGGGUAUCACCAUGACCUGGGCUAAUUGAGAAAGGAGAGAGGGCACAUACAGGUCCGUACUCACCACCACCAGCCAAGCAGUUACAUCUUUGAAAUGCUUUUCUUUUUUCUCAUAUAGUCCUACAUUUACUGUUUGAAGGAAUCUCCCACAAGACCCCUCCCGCCAUCACAUCGCACUGCCCCUCAUCCCACUCACCCCUGGCAUUUCUUACACACACUUCCCGUCUGCCCAGCCCUAUACCCAGCCAGACUCUUUGCCCUCUUUGUGGGAGGAGGAAGCCAUAUUUGCCAGUAGACCCCAAAGGUGAGUCAGACCUCCCCAGGGCUCAGGCAGAUGAGCUCACCAUCAUCUUUCACAACCUCUGACCCUACAUUUCUCAACAAAAUCAGAAGCCGAGCCACUGACCAGGCCCCCUUCCACAUUUAGUCCUGACAUCGUGGUGACAUCUCAUGUGGGAUCUGAGCCUGCUAAAUGUUGUUUCAUGUCUUUACACAUGUCUGGUAUGGUUCUUUAAGGGACCUUUCUUGUGAAGAAGGAACACAUGGUAUAGAUUUUACACUCCCAUAAAGUGUGAGUGUAAAGAUAAAAGUCUUUAGUAUGAA